AUGGCCAGGAUGUUUGCUCUCUUGUGUGGGCUUCUGAUUUGGAUGGGAAGUGAAAAUGCACAGACAACUGGGUCACCAACUGAUGGUUUUACUCAGCAGACAUUAACUGACUCAAAUAUUGUGAUGCAAAAACCAUAUGAUAAAAAUCUCUCGGAUCGCUACAGCUUCGUUGAUGGCGUCCAUGACAUGUGGGUUUACAGCAAUGACAAACCUCAUAAUCUCACCAGCAACACCAGGCCCAGGACAGAAAUACGCAUCACGGGAAAGGACUAUAAAACUGGGGUGUGGCAAUUCGAGGGUGAGGGAUAUGUUCCACGAGGGACGAAUGGAGUAUGCGUGAUGCAGAUUCAUGGUUAUUUGGGGCCCGCCACUGUGAUAAUGUUAGAUGCUGUGAAUGGAGAUCUAAAGCGAUACCAUGCCGAUGUAGUGUCACCUGAUAUUUUUGAUCGGUGGUUUCAUCUGAAUGUUAUUCAUGAUACAGAUCAGAGGAUAGCGACUGUAUUUGUAGAUGGGGAGGAGAGGAUAGCGGUAAAUGUGACAGGGGGUGAUAGCUAUUAUUUUAAGUGUGGAGUCUACGCACAGAUUGAUGCUUCAUUUUGUAUGGAAUCUCGUUGGAGAAAUAUCAAACUAUGGAGCAAAUAG